AGGCGGACGCGGCGGCGGCUGCGGGGGGAGCGGGGCGGCCAUGAACCCCAACUGCGCGCGUUGCGGGAAGAUCGUGUAUCCUACCGAGAAGGUGAACUGCCUGGAUAAGUUCUGGCACAAAGCAUGCUUCCACUGCGAGACCUGCAAGAUGACCCUCAACAUGAAGAACUACAAGGGCUACGAGAAGAAGCCCUACUGCAACGCACACUACCCGAAGCAAUCCUUCACCAUGGUGGCAGAUACUCCCGAGAACCUGCGCCUAAAGCAGCAGAGCGAGCUGCAGAGCCAGAUUCGCUACAAGGAGGAGUUUGAGAAGAACAAGGGGAAAGGCUUCAGCGUGGUGGCUGACACCCCGGAGCUGCAGCGAAUCAAAAAGACUCAGGAUCAGAUCAGCAACAUCAAAUACCAUGAAGAGUUUGAGAGGAGCAGGAUGGGCCCCAGCCCCAGCGAGGGCGCGGAGAUGGAGCGCAGGAACUCCCAGGAAAGCGCCAAUUACCGACGGCCGGAUCAGCACCAACCACAGCACCACAUCCAGCCCAGCAACCCGGUUUACCAGCAGCAGCCACCAGCCUCGCAGUCCUAUGGCUACAAGGAGCCUGCAGCGCCCGCCUCCACGCAGCGCAGCGCACCGUCCGCAGCGGGGAAGCGUUUCCGCGCCGUCUAUGAUUACAACGCGGCCGAUGAAGACGAGGUCUCCUUCCAGGAUGGUGACACCAUCAUCAACGUGCAGCAGAUCGACGACGGUUGGAUGUACGGCACGGUGGAACGCACGGGCGACACGGGCAUGCUGCCCGCCAACUACGUGGAAGCAAUCUGAGGGGGUUGGAGCCAAACCUCCCCACCCCGUGGCCCCGGUGCGCGCGCGUCUCUCUCCCCCAGCAUCCCUUCCCUCUGCCGGAGCCGCGUCCCGACGUCUCGGUUUCUUUGUGUUUCUGCAGCCGCCUCUGGUUUCUCUCGCCAAUGUAGCUUUGUUCUCGCUGU